CUGCGCAGUUUACUGUACCACUUGUGGUUUUGUUUACAUGUGCCAAAAAUUACAUAUACAGUCGCUUUGACUCGUUAUUCGAGGCCUGUAUGAGUUGUGUCAGUUAAUCACUGCACAUGAUGACCACAGAGCCUGCUAGCUUGGAGAGCCUUCGUGUGCUGUACCAGAGUGAUGACUACAUUGUGGUGGACAAACACUGGGACAUCCGCAUUGACAGCAAGAUGUGGUACGAGAAACAGACUGUGCAGGCACAGCUUCGGCACCACUUCCCCCAGCUGGCGGACCCUAGCACCUACUAUGGAUUUAGAUUCUGUCAUCAGCUGGAUUUCUCCACCAGCGGGGCUCUUUGUGUUGCCCUCAAUAAGGCUGCUGCCGGUCAGGCUUACCGCUGCUUCAAGGACCGAACCGUCACCAAAGCCUACCUGGCUCUGGUACGUGGGUGGGUCACGAAAGAGACACAAACUCUGGACUUCUCCAUUGGCAAGAACUCCACAGAGGGAAAAACACAUAUGAUGUGUAUUGAGGGGACAGAAGGUUGUGAGAACCCUAAGCCUUGCCAAACUGAGCUGACAGUGUUGGAAUAUGGGAUGUAUGAUGGAGAUCCUGUCACCAAGGUGCUACUGCAGCCACUCACUGGCCGAACCCACCAGCUAAGGGUCCACUGCAGCGCUAUAGGUCAUCCCAUCGUCGGGGACUUUACCUACAGCUCAGGAACAGACGACACGCCAUACCGCAUGAUGUUGCACGCCCACCUCCUCCACAUUCCCCUGGAACCCCAGCCCCUGCUCGUCACUGCUGGAGACCCCUUUGGCCCCGCAACAGAUCCCAAGUGGGUCCCACAGCGCUCAUUACGGACACUGAGGGCCACUGUGGAGGCCCUGUUGGAGCGCAGGGUGGAGGAGAACAGGAAGAGUAAAGAGGAGGAGCGAGAAAGAGCGAGGAGAGAAGUGGAGAGGAGGAAACGAAGCAAGGAGCAGAGGACUGAACAAGAGAGUGAGGAGCAGAGGAGGCAGUGCCAGGAGUGGCUGAGUGAAUGGGCUGGAGACUGAUGAAUUUUUAUUUUUUGUUAUUAUUAGUUAUUGAAAGCCAUGUUCAGCAUGUACACUAAUGACCGUCUCUAAUGACAUUUAAGUUCAAAUAAGUGGGUUCGCACCGUAAUUCCCUCGCAAACAACUUUAAAUCUUGACAAGGCAUGUGUGAGGAUAUUAUAUGUGACUCUACUAAUCGUAGAAAUCCUCUCACUGGAGCCACUUAUUUAUAGUUUUCUCCUGAGUAACUCCACUGCAAAGCUGAGGAAUAAGUGCCUUGCUGAAGGUCAUAUUAACAAGUCAUAGGUUGGGUUUAUGUUGUUCAUCUUUUUAAUUCUCCCGAGAGCUUUUAAUUAGUAACUUUUUGUCAUUAGUUUCAAAAUCAACUAACAAAACAUUGUAUUUCUGCAGAUAAUUUUACAUUAGUGUGCCAAUGUUAUGAGAUAUUUGCCUCUGAUGUGAACAGCAGCAGUUGUGCUCUGUCUUGGUAAGUCCACGUUGGCUGUCAUGUAUACUGCAUGGCACUGACGUAUACGUGAAAUCCCAUGUAAAAGCAUAGUUUUCCUUACUGUUUAACUUACUGUGUCUAUUAAAAUGUGUUCAGCCCUC